AAACUGUCAUCUGUCAUGUGCGGCUCUUUUCUAUAUUUUUCGACGAUGUAUUUUGCCAGAGCGCGUAUUUCGUGAAUUUUCCUAGGAAUACAAAGUUGUUACUAAUUGUAUUAAAAUGGCUAUUUGCUUGCGUACAAUUACAAACAAGGUUUUACCUAUAAAUGGCAUUUUUUCAACAAGAAAUCAUUCCAACCGGUUGUCCCGAAAAAUACCAGUGCGCACAGAAUUUUUGGAAGAUUUCCUGGAUCAUCGUCGCAUCUCCAGCUGCCAAUAUGCGGUGAAAUGUGUAACAGAAACUAACGACCCUUUUGAUCUUGCCGCGGCAAAUUUAGUACUCUAUCCGAAAAGCUCUACAAAGCUUGAAGCGACCAAUACAGAUGUUAAAAAAGUUGGUUAUGAAAUAGAAAAUAAUUGUCUAGGAAUGAAGUCAUUUGCUUUGACCUCUGAUGAUUACAUAGAGCAGAGAGCUGUUCCAUAUAACUUUAAUGACGUACCAUAUAGCUUAAACAACUUUGACUUUAGUAAAUACAAUGAGGAUGUAGAACCCACCUGCUUUUCGGAGUUUGAGAGAGAUGCAGUGGCAUACUGUGCCGCAACAACCACAUCAAUGACAAAAGCACAAUCUUCCAGUGAGGGGAACAGAGAUGGGAAACCCAGUGAAGAGCAGCUGACUAAAGUCUUCAAUGUGCUGUCCACAACUAUGCCAAAUCUUUUUGUCAAACCAUUGGAUUACUCCAUUUACCAUCCAAAUGUGAUUUUUGUUAACAACAUUAGAGGAAAAACCACAGUAGGUUUAUUUCACUAUGUAAAGCAGAUAGCACUUCUGCGUACCGUCGGCCAUCUUAAGUUUGCAUACGUUAAUUUUGAAGUUUUAAAAAUAACUGCUCAUCCUGAAGAUUCUUCUAUUAAAAUGAGAUGGCGUAUCCGUGGUAUAUCGGGUUUGAAAGUAUUCUUUAUGUUCUGGAGAUAUAAACUUUGGGAUUUGAAAGCAGCAUUCAAGGAUCAAGAGAUGUGGUAUGAUGGUUUCUCUACAUUUUAUGUAGCGGGAGAUGGUCUCAUUCAGAAGCAUGUAGCCGACAAGGUCAUGCCAGAUCAAGAUACUAUUAUUGAUGAUGAAGAAAAGGCUCCAAUUGCCGCAAAAAUUGCUUUACUCAUUGGACUUAUUCCUAGAAAUUAUCUGUCCGAUGUGUCGCCCUAUUUCAGCUCAUCGUCAGGCACAACAGACAUGACCGUGUUGCCAUUCAAAGUUCUUGAAUAGAUGAUUUUAUCAUAAAAUCAAUAAAUGUGAUAUGUUGAA